AUGGAUUCAAAUACCAGUCCAGCGGUUGAGGUUCAGCCCCAAAACACCGCAAACCUCGGGCAGGCAGCUGUUCUUCCUGGAGACCCCAUACAAGUUGAUCUAGCGCAAGUACUAUGCGAUGACUCCAAUGGGACCCCUGCUCCUCGUAUUCUGAAGGUAAUCAAGAAGUUAGAAGUGCAGGUGUUGUGUACACAGCAUAAUCCUGCCGUUGCUGCUGCGAAGAAAGCAUCAAAGCAAGACAAGAUUCGCAAUGAGCUUUUUGCGCUUCCUUCUAUGACCAGAAUCAAGAUUCGCGUAAGUGCAGGGGUUUUCGAGGUCUCUCUUGUACGUGUGAUCGAAGAGUCUAAGUCUGUGGAAGUGCUAUGGGACAGGGGCGUCAAGCGUGAAUUUAAAUGGGGCAGUGUGGUGUUUGGACAGACAGAUGAACAAAAUAUCCAACAGAAACCUUCAGAACCCGCCCCCGAGCCAGAACGUAAGUCUGAGCCUUUAAUCUUUGUGUUGGAUAAUCUCAAUGUCUAUGGCCUUUAA